GUGAUUGAUGAGGACCCUGGCGGUGAAAAGCCUGUAAAACCACACAGAUGCUCACAGUGUGGGAAAACAUUUCACACCAGAAAUGGUCUUUCGAUUCAUUUACACAGUCACCUUGGAAAGAAACUAUUCCGCUGCCGCCGUUGUAGGAUAAACUUUAGUAGCCAUGAACAGGUCUUACAACAUACUAAAGCAGUCCACCCUUUAAAGAGACCCUACUCCUGCACUCUGUGUAGGAAGACUUUCAUGAAAGCAUCUACCUGUAGGAAACACCAAGACAAACAUCAGGUAACUCCAUAUCUCUGCGGCCACUGCAGCCUGUAUUUUAAAUCAAAGGCAAGUCUUUACCGACACAGACUGUGUUUGAAAAAGGAGCGCUUUUAUGGGAAUGCGCGGGAUCGGAGCUCCUCAGAAGAGCUUCCCUCAGGAAACGGACAGCUGGAGCAGCAGGCUGUCGCAGGAGAGAGACCCCCGAUGAACUCACCUGAUCUCUCGUGCGGCCCGACCUGCCACGCCAGCAGUGGAGAGACCGCCAGGAAAAGAAAUGGAGAGAGUGCGUCGGAGACUGGCAAGGCGUCCUGUAACACAGAGGCAGUAGAGGUGCUCCCCGUCAAAGAAGAGUCUCCGGAACAUGAACCGAAGCCAGAGCUGAAUCACCAGUUUGAAGUAGGAUUGAACUGGCUGAAUGAAAAGGCGCAGGAGGAUACGGGUCACGUGAUUCAGAGUGACAGUCCUGUGGAAGAGGACGGCCGGCCCAUAGUGUGUAAACCGAAAGUGGAAAAGGAGCAAGAGAGUGAAAGGAAUUCACGCUUUAAUACUGUGAAGAUCGUACAAGAACUUAGAGUUAACCUUCGGCGUCUAGACCACGCCACCAUUAAAGCAUUCCUCACAGCUGGGCGGCUGAACUGCUCUUCCCAGGGGAAGGGGGGCCUGGAUCUGCCCCAGAGCUCCUCGGGAGAGCCCGUGUCUGGAGACAGGCGGCUGGAACAGCAGGCUGGAGCUCCGGCACCUGACCCACAGCUGACCCACUGCACGCCCGACCCAGCCAGCGCUGAACGCCCCUCGAGCGGGAGGGACACGGCAGGGAAGCGGGAUGAUCCUAGUGGGAGGUGUGUGUCCGAGACUUCGCCCAGAAGUCCAGCUGGAGGGGGAGGAGCAGAGAAGCAGGCGUUACCAAGUGCAGCGAAGAGCAAAAAGGAGGAAGAGGAGGACCAGGUCGUCGGCGAUAACGAGGACGGACCCUGGCAUCCUGCUGCAAGGAUGACCGUGAAAUCCCCCGGCGAGCCGGUGAGCCCGGAGUGGGAGGUGGUGGAGCUGUGGCCGGGGGGGGUGCAGUGGGAUUUGGGGGAGGUGCCCCCGGAGGCCUCUGACCGGCCGGAGGGCCAGACCAGCCUGCGUGUGUUCCUGCAGCAGCUGGAGGAGGAGCUCGGCUGGGUGAGCGUGGCCUCCGUGCAGGAGCAGCUGAAGAGAAACAUCCUCUCGCUGGUCCACGAGGCGCAGAGGCAGUGCGGCUGGCUCAGCACCGGGUAA